CACUAGGAGCCGGGCCCCACGUAGCCGUUAGCGGUUCCUAGGCUCGUUCCGGGCCGGGCUGCUAGUUCCCCUGACUCCGGGAGCUGGGGCUUUAGCGGGACACGGGGCACGCGGUGAAACCGCGGCGAUUGCCCAGGCGCGCGGCAGCGACCUCCCCCCCUCCCCCAGCUGAUAUUUCUGUGAGGAGCCGCAUCCCCCACCCCCGGGUGCCGCGGAGGUGUAACUGGUGCAGUGUGGCAGGGCCUGCUGGGCCCCACCCGUUCACUAGCGCUGGGCUGGCGUGUCUGCUGGGAAGAUGAGUAAUGGUGUUUUGUAACAUUUUAGCUCAGGAUGGCUUCUUCCGAAUUUCAAGCGUUGUCCCAAGACGAACUCCGGAAAAGACUUUAUCAGACAUUUAAGAACCGAGGUGUUUUGGACACACUCAAGACGCAGCUCCGAAACCAGCUAAUCCAUGAACUGAUGCAUCCAAUUUUAAGUGGAGAACUUCAGCCACAAGCAGUGUCUAGUGAAGGCAGUUCAUUGUUAAUUGGAGCUUCUAACAGCCUGGUGGCAGAUCACCUGCACAGUUGUGGCUAUGAAUAUUCACUUUCUGUUUUCUAUCCAGAAAGUGGAUUAGAAAAGGAGAAGGUGUUUACUAUGCAAGAUCUUCUGCAACUAAUUAGGAUCCAUCCAAAAUCCAGUCUUUACAAGUCAUUGACUUCAGGAGCUCAAAAAGAGAACAAAAAAGGUUUUCUUAUACAGAUGUUAAUGGAGCUGACAGAGCAUCACCUAUGUAAGGAAAGUCGCAACGCAGAAACUCAGACAAUCUCAAUACCUCCUUAUAGAGAAUCUCUUGUUGAGAAACUUCAGCUGAUUGAUGAACAGUUUGCAGACAUUUAUCCCCAGCAUCAGAAAUUUGAGUCUUUAGAAGUGAAACUCAUUGAAUAUCGAAAAGAAAUAGAGGACCAGCUUCAAGCAGAAAUGUCUGAAAAGUUACAACAUUUCAAAGAGGUUGAAAUAGCAAAGAUCAGAAUGGAAGAGAAAGCACAAUGCCAGAAAGAAGUUUCUGAUUUGCGUCGAGAGUUUGAAAGGACAAACCAAGCCAAGUCUGAGGCUCUGAUUGCUCGUGAAAAGAAUGCUAUUGAAAGACUUCAAAAACAACAGGAGAUUGAAGCAAAGGAGGUUUAUACACAAAGACAAAGUCUGCUGAAAGAUAUUGAAAUGAUAAGAACCAGAGAGGCAGAACUGAAGCAAAGAAUUGAAAGUUUUGAACUUGCUCAGAAACUUCAAGAAGAAAAAAAUAAAGCUGUUGAUGAUGCACUGCGACGUCGGGAGAUAGCUGUGAAGAACAUUGAGGAGACUUACGACCAAAAGCUUAAGAAUGAACUCCUGAAAUAUCAACUCGAGUUGAAGGAAGAAUAUAUAGCCAGAACCACUAGGGUUACUGAAGAUGAGAAAAAGAAUAAAGAGAAGGCUAUACUUCUGCGUGAAGAGACCAUUGCUGUUAAUUCAAAGAAGGAAGAAUUCAAACAAGUUGUAUCACACGCAAAAGAACUGGAGCUGGAGCUGGAUUCAGUAAAGGCGCAGGUGCUAUUGGUAAACAAACAGAAUCAGUUGUUGACAGAAAAAUUGAAAGAGAUUGCGGACUAUCCCUUGUUAAAGGAAGAGAAACUGGAGCUUCAGGUGCAAAAUAAACUACUUAAACAACAACUGGAGGAGACUCGCAAUGAAAACCUGCAUUUCCGAGACAAGUUAACUCAGCCAUCAGCUGAACAUGUAGCCUGCCAGGCAGAAUUGAGGAGAGUUGAACAUGCUAAAAAGCUGGAACAGGAUGAGUUUGAAACCCAUAAACAACUUCUGGAAAAGCAACUGCAAAGUGAGGUUGAACGUUGUGCACAAUUAAAGAUCCAGCUGUUAGACUAUGAAACUACUAUCAGAAAGCUAAACGUACAGGUUGAAGAUUUGAAAUUGCAGCUGAAGCAAACACAGACAGUUCUAGAGAAUGAAGUGUAUCGGAAUCCCAAGCCUUCUCUUGUUGAUCGUUCUGUCAUUGACUUCACUGGUGAUAGGAUUGUACCUCAUGACAUUUAUGUAGAUGGUGCUUUCUUGAAGAACCGGGCUGUUACUGAUAUUGUUGUGGCAGAUGAUGUACCAAACGUUGGUUAUCGCCAGCAUUCACGGACCUGCAACUCUUCUCCAGAUUCUGACCUUGAAUUUGUCGCCAAAACCAAAGCUAGGAUAAAAGAACUAGAAAAAGAGGCAGAGUAUUUGGAAGAGGCCUACAGAAAUUACCAGCAUAGAGUCAUUCAAGGUGCAGUUGCAAACAGGACACCAACAAAGACUAAGUCCCCUCUACCUUUACGAAAUGCUGUUAGAUUCCCUUUGGCUUCUCAGCACAGAGUAAUGUUUGUAGAAGACAACCUUGGCCCUCAGCAUUUCUCUCUUAGCAGUCCGAGUGGCCCAAGAUAUGUGACACCUGGGCAUGAUGAUGUCUUGAAAAAUCAUCUAACUACUCCCCGAAGAAGAGUCUCUUCCUCCAGACGUCUUUCUUCUACUCCUCUCUCCAAAGUGGAGAGAAACAACAAUAGCCAUAUACUUCCAGAAGAUAGCAGCGAAUCGUACCUAGUCUCUUCCCAACAGAGUGUCGACCAGCCUCUUUCUCCUAUUUUGAGGACAUGCCAUCUUUCAUCUUCUGAGUCUGCUCCUUCCUCUCCAACCAGUCAUGGACAAAAAUUGAGUCUUCAUGAACAGCAAGCUGAUAAUCAGGACUUAAAUGACUCUUCAAAGCCAGAGAAGCUAGCAUAUGAGGACCUUGAAGAACAUAAUUCUUCUCUUAAAUAUCAAGGGGACAUUCCAGAGCAGCUCGAAAGUGAUGUGUCACAUCCAUCUGGAGACAGCAUCAAUGGGAGCAAUGUCACAAACGCUGUGCCAGCAACAGCCACUUCACAGCAGGAUUUAACAGUGGUUGAUCAAAGCCAGUCUGAAGAACAGAAAAGAGAAGAGAAUGAGAAAAAAUGGGAAGAAGAAAGGAGAGAAAGAGACGAAAGAAGGCAAAGAGAAAGGCAGGAAGCACUGGAAAGGGAGGAAAGAGAACUAGAAAAACUGAAUGAAGAAAUGAAGUUGAUCCAAGAUUCGUUGAAAAGUGAAGAAGAAGAAGAAGAAAAAAAGACAGACCGUAAAGUGGAAGAGUCAGAAAUCAGUAAUCCUGAUGCUAAAGACAAUUUGUGUGACCCUCGUCCUAAUCCACUAGAAAAAUACAUGAAACUGAUACAGCAGAGCAGAGAGCAGGAGCUGACAAACAAGAGCUCCAAAAAAGAGGAAGAAGUAUCACUGAUAGAGAGACUUCUGUCUAGUGAAAAAGAUGACAGGUCAGGCUGGAUACAAUUAUUAUUUAAAGCUGAGUGCUGCAGGUGUGUCUCAUGGAGAACCGGAUGAAGACUUCUGGUGAAUAGCAGCUACUGUCUCCUAAUGACCAGCCCCAUGGAAGAUGGUGUGAAGUUAUGUAAAACAGUCACUACACCACCAGAACUGAAUAUUUUCAUGCACAGUGGUUUCAGCUGAGGAUCAGAAUUAAAGUUUAACAUGUUCAUAUUUGGGAUAAUGUCUUUGUAAAAGGCUAAUUUUUUUAAUGAGUAAUUUUAGAUGAAUCUACUAUGACUGGUAGUACUAGUAGCUGCUAAAACCAUAAGUGCAUGGCCUAACCUUUCUGUUUUAAGCUUUCCCAUAUCUUCACAAAAUAUUCUAGGAGUCACUGUAGCCUGUUGAUCAGAAAGUGUGUUUGUAUUCAUGAAAAAGCUCUGGGCUGUGACUGAAAAGCAAAGGUGCCUAUUCUAUUAGGAUGUAAAGUAGUUCAACAUUUUUUCAGAUAAAUUAGGGGGCUUUUAAAAAAUACCAUCCUGCCUUAAGAGAAGAGAGUUUUAAAGAUUAAAUGAUAAAUGAAAAUUCAAACAAAGAUUUGAAAGUGUCUUUUCCAGCAUGUUUAUAUUGCUGGUUUCACAAAUGGCAUGUCAAGAUGACUAUCUGCGAGACAAGGGCUCAGAUAUGCCAAUUAUGAUUAAAAUUUUUAAUGCAUUCUGAUAGCUACCUGAUAACUAUUUCUUUGAGACCACCUUUGGAUUAGUGUAGUUUUUCACUGGGGAUAACUUGUUUAAGUACUUUUCUAAAGAAGCAGUAAGAGGGGGGAAGAAAAAUACACUUUAAAAGGUGAGCUUCAUGCUGUUUCACUGCUGGUAUCUUAAGUAUUCCAUAGGAGAGAGGGUACGAGCAUGACUGUCUUAAUCCUCUAUAAAAUGCAAACCUAAAAAAUGUAGAUGGUUCUGGUAUUUUAUAAUAAAAUGUGUCACCUGUGCUCUGUGAAGUUCUCGUUAUUGAGGUACAGAAUUUCCCAUUAGUAAUCUAUGUAAUAUGGAAGUACUCUUUGGUUUGUGGGUAAAUAUUUUAAAGCAGCAAUAUGUACUACUCCAGAGGUUCUCAAACUGGGGAGAAAGAAUGAGAAACUUUUUUUGGGGGGGGAAAUCCCCUUACUGCACACAUUUUACCACCAGCAGUAAAUAACUAGCAAAGCUGACUUCUCCAGAUCGAUCAGGUCCUUAGGUAGUGCUAUGCAUUUGACAACAACUUUGUAUAAUACUAUACAAACUUUACCUUCAUAGACUUAAGGUCAUUAUGGUCAUCUCAAUCCAUUUGCUAUGAGGUGGUGUGUGCAUUUAAUUGUAAGUAUGGACCACAAUCGCAGUUUUGCUUUUGCUCAUAUUACAAUGGCUUGUUGGCUCACUCGUGCAACAGAAACAAAAUACCUCAAGUGAAGCACUGCUGCUGCAUAGAGCCGUAUAGGUACUUGUGUGGCGGGAGGUGUAAACUACUACAGCCACAAAGAAGGGGGGCAUAAUCAAAUAAGUUUGAGAACCACAGUAUUAUACAGUAGGUAUAGUGAAGGUGCAACUAGUAGUGUACUUGAUUUGGGUCAUGGUUACUGAUAACAUGUAAUGAGAAAAUCCUAGCUUGACUCUCAGUGGUUGCAGGGCUAGCAAUCUUUUUCUGUAAAACUGAGUGCAUGAGAGUUGUAAUAAUUAAUAUACAACUGACUAAUUUUUCAUUCAGCCACAGUCACUAUUGGGAAGUCAAGUUGGCCAUACUUAAGUUUGUAUCCCUUUUAAAAAAGCAAAUAGAAAAAGAAAUGUCAUUUCUCUGCCUUUAACUUUUUUUUAAAGUAAAUUUAUAUUUAGCCCAAGAGGAUACGUAUAGGUAACUUCACAGCAAAGCCCUGCAAUUUGUGCGUUCAGCAUGCUUUGGGAUAGCAGCUGAGCAUUGAGGGGUAGGGACAUUUCUCAUUUUAUAUAAUGCUCAAGAACCAAAUAGGAAGAAAAAUAAUUAAAUCAGGCACAUGGUCUUCUGGUCUAUAUGUUUACUGCCCAGGAUAUUAGUUUGAUUUUAAAAACUUAUGAAAAGCACUUCAUUCUAUGUGACUACUUGAAUUUGUUCAUUAAAAUGCUGUAGCAGUUGUGGGCUAUUAUCACAAUGGAAACAUCUACAGCCUGUGGUAUGCCACCUAGAAGCAGAGUCCUGGUACCAUUUCUCCCCAGUCUGGUGAUAUAUUCAGUAAAUAUUGAAUUAUUUUACUCAGGAUGAACUUAUCAGAUAUAUUCAAAAGAUGUAAGAUGUAGAAUUCAUCCAAAUAAAGUAACUCAUUGUUUGU